ACCUGUGUCCCAAAGAUGAGGGCCCAGGAGGAACCUGAGGGACAGACGCAGCAUGAGGACCUGGGCUUAGCCGCGACCUCCCCAAAGGACCCCCCCGUGUCCCUGCCCACAGAGUCCAAUUUCGACAUGCUCUACAAGAUUGAGGAUGUGCCGCCCUGGUACCUGUGCAUCCUGCUGGGCUUCCAGCAUUACCUGACAUGCUUCAGUGGUACCAUUGCUGUGCCCUUCCUCCUGGCUGAGGCGCUGUGUGUCGGCCGUGACCAGCACAUGAUCAGCCAGCUCAUUGGCACCAUCUUCACCUGCGUGGGCAUCACCACCCUCAUCCAAACCACACUGGGCAUCCGGCUGCCGCUGUUCCAGGCUAGUGCCUUUGCAUUUCUCGUCCCAGCCAAAGCCAUCCUGGCCCUGGAGAGAUGGAAAUGUCCUCCGGAAGAGGAGAUCUAUGGUAACUGGAGUCUGCCCCUGAACACCUCUCAUAUCUGGCACCCACGGAUAAGAGAGGUCCAGGGUGCCAUCAUGGUGUCCAGCACAGUGGAAGUGGUGAUCGGGCUGAUAGGGCUGCCUGGGGCCCUGCUCAGCUACAUUGGGCCUCUCACAGUCACCCCCACUGUCUCCCUUAUCGGUCUCUCUGUCUUCCAAGCUGCUGGUGACCGAGCUGGCUCCCACUGGGGAAUCUCAGCUUGCUCCAUUGUCCUGAUUAUCCUCUUCUCCCAGUACCUGCGCAACCUCACCUUUCUGCUGCCUGUCUACCGCUGGGGCAAGGGCCUCACUCUCUUCCGCAUCCAGAUCUUCAAGAUGUUUCCUAUUGUGCUGGCCAUCAUGACCGUGUGGCUGCUCUGCUAUGUCCUGACCCUGACAGAUGUGCUGCCCACAGACCCUACAGCCUAUGGCUUCCAGGCACGAACGGAUGCCCGAGGGGACAUCAUGGCUAUUGCACCUUGGAUUCGAAUCCCCUACCCCUGCCAGUGGGGCCUGCCCACGGUGACUGCAGCUGCUGUCCUGGGAAUGUUCAGUGCUACACUGGCAGGUAUCGUUGAAUCCAUCGGAGAUUACUAUGCUUGUGCUCGCCUGGCUGGUGCACCACCCCCUCCAGUACAUGCUAUCAACAGGGGCAUCUUCACUGAAGGCAUCUGCUGCAUAAUCGCAGGGCUAUUGGGCACAGGCAACGGAUCCACCUCGUCCAGCCCCAACAUUGGCGUCCUGGGGAUUACGAAGGUGGGCAGCAGGCGCGUGGUGCAGUAUGGUGCAGGCAUCAUGCUGGUCCUGGGCACCGUUGGCAAAUUCACAGCCCUUUUCGCUUCGCUCCCUGACCCCAUCCUGGGGGGCAUGUUCUGCACCCUCUUUGGCAUGAUUACCGCUGUGGGGCUGUCCAACUUGCAGUUUGUGGACAUGAACUCCUCUCGCAACCUCUUCGUGCUCGGAUUUUCCAUGUUCUUCGGGCUUACAGUGCCAAAUUACCUGGAUUCCAACCCUGGCGCCAUCAACACAGGUGUUCCUGAAGUGGACCAGAUUCUGACUGUGCUGCUGACCACAGAGAUGUUCGUGGGAGGGUGCCUUGCUUUCAUACUGGACAACACAGUGCCAGGGAGUCUAGAGGAACGUGGUCUGAUACAGUGGAAAGCUGGGGCCCAUGCCAACAGUGAGAUGUCUACCAGUCUCAAGAGCUAUGACUUCCCCAUUGGAAUGAACAUGGUAAAAAGGAUUGCCUUUCUGAAACACAUUCCUAUCUGCCCAGUCUUCAAAGGAUUUUCUUCAAGGUCAAAAGAUCAGCUUCCAGUUCCAGAAGAUACUUCAGAAAAUAGAGAAACUGGGCCCGUGUGCACCAAGGUCUGAAAAAUUACUCCCAGGAAAGGUAGGAUGUGUUAGUCUAUGGUUUUUGUGGGAGGGUUGAAAAAAAUCAUUCUUAUAUGUUUUAACAAAAGGAAAACCAAACUACUCAGUUUCCAUUUUUGUGACCUAGUUGAGUGCCUUCAAGGGGAAGGUAAACUGGGUAAAAAGUCAAUAUAUGAAUUUUGAGUAAAAUUCUUUAGCCAUUU